AUGGCUUUAGUACCAAAAGGCAAUAUAUCGCAUCAUGUCAAUAAAUUUUUGGAACAAAAAUCUGAUCAUGAUUGGCUGCUAAUUCCACUCAAUUGUAAAGGUGCAGGUUUCGCGGAUUAUGUCGAGACUACAUUUUGUGAUUUACAACAAACACAAAGAGAAAAACUGAAAGGUAUGUACUGGACGAAUAGUCACACUUAUCAACAAGAAGACAUCAUUUUUGAUUACGGUGUUCAAAAUGGCAAAAUAUCGGCCACAUUACUUCAAGUAGUGUCUCAGAAAAAUGCGGCUAAAGAAUUGGAAGUUCUCGUUGGUGUUAUUUCUCUCAUACGAACGCCUGAAAUAGGUUGGCAUUUUAACAACGACUACUGGAAAAGUGACAAGGACCGAGUAAAAAGUGGACUACAAUACAUGUUUGGAAACGAAGCUAAAAAAGAACUAGCUUGCCACUACCAUUGA